UCCUGCCUUAAAAUUUUAAGGUUAUGAUUACCGGAAUAAAGUUAAUCCAUGAACAUAUUUUUUUAACAUUUUUUAAAUAAAAUGUUUAAGUUUUCAUCCAGAAAUAUAAAAUUAGUGAGUAACGUGUUAAAGCAAAGCUCGAUUCUGCUUGUGGAACAUAAAAAAAGCUAUGAAGUCCUUAAACUUCGCUGUAUCUCUACAGGAAUAAAACAAUUCACUGAUCAAAAAUUAGAUAAAUUAAAAUCCCCCUUAGGUAAUUUGAUAUCCAAGGAUAAAGAAAUAGUUGAAAACCAAAUUAAUGAAAUAAAUUUGAAUGAGGAAGAAGCAAGAAAGAAAAGAGAACAGGCAUGGAGAACUAUGAAAAUCACUCUCUCAUUGUUCGGUAUUAGUUUCACGAUAUUAGGAGGUUACUUGAUAUUUACUCUCGGUGCUCCUACAACUGAUCCUGACCAAAUGAAUUUACACCAAGAUAUUGCUGAUAAACCUGUUUGGCAGCAAUAUCUUAUACGAACAUAUAGAGAGUUAGAUUUUUAUACUAGGCUAAUACAAGAGCCAUCUAGACAGCAACUAUUACCUGACCCUUUGCAAUAUCCAUAUAUACAACCCAAGUAUACAUUGGUCCUGGAAAUAACAGAUGUUUUGGUUCAUCCAGAUUGGACAUAUAAUACAGGUUGGAGGUUUAAGAAACGACCAGGACUGGACUAUUUACUUGAGUCACUUCAUGGUGUCUAUGAGAUAGUAGUAUACACAGCUGAACAAGGUAUCACUCUAUUUCCUCUUUGUGAAGCAAUAGACCCAAAGAAUAUAAUUUCAUAUAAACUUCCUCGAGAUACUACAUACUUCAGUGGAGGUUAUCACGUUAAAAGUUUGGAUAGACUGAACAGAGACUUAAGUAAAGUGAUUGCUAUAGACUGGCAACCUCAAAACCUCAAGUUCCAUCCUGAAAAUCUGUUGGCAAUCAAAAGAUGGGAUGGUUCCGAUAGUGAUCAAACAAUGAUUGAUCUUGUUGCUUUUUUGAAAAGUAUUGCUGAUAAUGAUAUAGAUGAUGUUAGGGAAGUUUUAACACAUUACCGCUCUUUUGACGAUCCUAUUGAAGCAUUUAAGGAAAAAAGGAAGAUGCUUUUAGAGCAGUUAGAGGCUGAAGCUGCAGCUAAAAGAGAGCAGGAAGCUUCAAAAGUUAAAAGAUGGAGACCUUCCAUAUUUGAUAAAAGUUUUUAAUAUUCAUUCACAAUGAAUUGAAUUAUAUUUAUGGAUUUUGUUACUUGUUUUUUUCCUUAUUCAAUAGUCUUGUACAAUUUUUUUUGUUAAUCAUGAGACUAACAAAAAAUUUUGAUGUCUGAAAUGUAAUUCAUUUAUAAUAUAUAUAAGAGCCUUUUUAUCUUAGAACUGAAAAUUGUAAGGAAUAUAAACAUGAAUAAAUAUACCAACUUUGUUCAAA